AAUGUUAAAGAAACACCUAGAGAUGGCCGGCUUUAAAGGCUGGAUGGACAUUGGUCAAAUGGGUGGAGGUGAUAAACUAUAUUCAAAAAUUAAUGAUGGCGUAAGAUCAGCUAAAGUAAUCAUUAGCUGUGUAAGUGAGAAAUACUCAAAAUCAGCAAAUUGUUGCAGAGAAGUAAAUUUAACAACUAAUCUUGGUAAACCAAUGAUUCCUUUACUUAUGGAAAAACUACAAUGGCCGCCUGCUGGUCUGAUGGGUCCAAUUAUGUCUGAAUAUCUAUACAUUCAAUUCUUCAAAAAUGGAGGCAUGCAAAAAGGUGAUAAAGUGUUUUGGAUGCCUCCUAAAUUUCAAGAACUACUGAUGCAAAUUCGAUACUAUGUUGUUCCUGAUAUGAAAUUGACAGCUAAAGAUUCUCCAUAUGCAGGAUGGAUGAAUCCACCUGAAGAAGAAAUAAUAAUACCAAAGAGAGAGCAAAAGGCUGUAGAAUCCAAAACAUUGAAUGCUAAAAGUGAGGACGAAGAAGUGAGAAGUCCCAAUGUUUUCAUCUCUUAUCAAUGGGAUAAACAACCUCAAAUCAGAUGCCUAUACAAGAAGUUGAGUGGAUUGGGAUAUCAUUGUUGGCUGGACAUAAUGCAAAUGGGUGGUGGAGAUUCACUAUUUGAUAAAAUUGAUAAAGGAAUCAGAGGUUGUAGAGUUGUUAUUUCCUGUGUCACACCAAAACAUGCUUUAAGUGCUAAUUGUCGAAGAGAAGUUUCAUUAUCGGGAGCAUUAAAUAAACCAAUUAUACCAUUAUUAUUAGAUGAUAUGAAAUGGCCUCCAGAGGGACCAAUGUCAAUGGUAUUUGCACAACUGUUAUACAUAGGUUUUCACAGGAGGAAAGAUAAUAAACUAUGGGAAGGCGAUGAAUUUAAUCAAUUAAUUUCGAAAAUUGAUAUGAAUGUGCCUGGUUGCAAAUAUUUGCUAGCUUCUAAGCAGGAUUCCGAAAGUAUUCCAUUCGAUUCUAACCUGAAUGAUGAUGUAAAAGUUCUAUCAGAUAGGAAUGUCAUAAAUUUCGAAAAUGAUAGUAUUGAAAGUGAAAGUAAAAAUUUAAAUAAGGCAGUUAAAAACCAGUGUAUUCUUCCACAAGAAGAUAAUGAUAGAACAGAGAAAGAGUUGUCUAAUGAAAAGAGACAUAAAGAAUGA